UGACGUCAGGCCUCACUGACGUUGCAAGUCGAAAUUCGAAUGCAGUUCAGGGCUGGUGUACAUCCAUUUCUCACUCUUCUUAAAAUAAAUAAAUAAAACGGUGCUUUGAGUUUUUAUAAUCUACAGUCAGGUAUCACUCACCAGAGUGGCAAUGUGUAUACCAUGAUGAUGCAGGAAAGGCGAAACGUUGGUAGAUCAAAUUAAUUCACCUGCGAUCGUGGGGCAUAAAGCUUCUGUAAUCUUAUACGUACCGGCAUCAUCAAGACAAUUUUCAGUAUAUGAUUACAUCCCUCAUCAAAGCAUGGCGAGCAAUGACAGAGUUGCUAUUUUAUCGGAAGACGAAGAAGAGCAAAAAAGGAAAUAUGUACUGGCUGAGCCUUUUAACACACUGUCCUUGGAACAAGUCACUGAGCCCCCAACUGUCCCACCCCCAACUGUCCCACCUCCUUUAGAAACCCCUGCAUCUGCCACUGAAGAUCUUGACUGGUUAGAAAGACGGUGCAUACAAAUUGACAAUGAUCUCCUGAUAUCAAAGGUCUUUUACUUUUUCUUCUAUUCUGCAUAUGGAUCAUUGCACCCCCUUCUGCCUGUGUAUUACAAACAACUGGGUAUUUUGCCAAGUCAGAGCGGGCUGCUAGUGGGCAUCCGUUACUUCAUUGAAUUCUGCAGCGCUCCAUUUUGGGGAGUGGUGGCCGACCGUUUUAAGAAAGGAAAAAUUGUCCUUCUGUUUUCCGUUCUGUGCUGGAUUCUGUUUAACUGUGGAAUCGGCUUUGUAAGGCCUGCUGCCAUGACAUGUACGAAUCUAAACCCUUCUAACUCUACUACAACUACAGCCCCCAAGGUAACAUUCAAUUCCUCCUCUCUCAUGCCUCCAAAUGGUUCUGUUACCAGUCAUCGACAGAGGAGGGACUUGUAUGCAAACGGACUGCUAUCCACAAUUGGUUUUCCUUUACCUUCGUUUAACACAGAGCCUGUUUUAUCUCUCAGAAGUGCCGAUAAUGAGACUGCUAAUUCAACUACCCAGAGAACAACCCCAGCCAAAACCACCACCAGCACUACCACUAAAACCACCGCAAAAUCACCAAACAAAUAUAUCGUCACUACUGACAGUGCUCAAGUAGAGUCCAUCUUUCUGCUCAUCCUACUAGUUAUUAUAAUAGGAGAGUUUUUCAGUGCGCCGGCUGUUACCAUUGUGGACACUGUCACCUUGCAGUAUCUAGGCAAGCACAGGGACCGCUAUGGACUGCAGAGAAUGUGGGGCUCUUUAGGGUGGGGGUUGGCAAUGCUGGCUGUUGGCAUUGGAAUUGACCACACGCAUAUUACAGUCUUUAUUGUAGGCACAGGCUGUGAUUUGCCAGACUACAACGACUACCGCAUUGCUUUCAUUGUGUUUGGGGUCCUUAUGACGGUUGCUCUGAUAGUGGCCACCCAGUUCCGCUUUGACUCGAACCAUUUGAUACAGGAGGAUGAAAAAAGGGAAGAAAUAGAAAUCCCCCAUGUGGUUCGCAAUGCCCCUGAGGAAACGGGUGCAGGAGAUGGUUCUUACACCAGUCCACAGGCUGGCGGAGAAAAUUUUGACUACAGAUACCUGCUCAAGCUGCUGUGCAGUGUUAAGUACAGCAGUGUCCUCUUUGUGGCCUGGUUUAUGGGCUUCGGCUAUGGGUUUGUGUUCACCUUCCUAUACUGGCACUUGGAGGAUCUGAAAGGGACCACCACUCUGUUUGGAGUCUGCUCUGUCUUGAGUCAUGUUUCAGAACUCGCCGCUUACUUCUUCAGUCAUAAGCUGAUCGAGUUAGUUGGACACAUCAGGGUUUUGUAUAUUGGAUUAGCCUGCAAUACAGCUCGCUAUCUGUACAUAUCCUACCUGGAAAAUGCUUGGAUUGUUCUCCCCGUGGAAGUUCUUCAAGGAGUCACCCAUGCCUCGGUGUGGGCUGCUUGCAUUUCCUAUCUGAGUGCUGCAGUGCCUUCAGCACUGAGGACCUCGGCUCAGGGAAUCCUGCAGGGUCUUCAUCUGGGGCUGGGGAGGGGCUGCGGGGCAAUGGUGGGGGGAGUCUUUGUGAAUUACUUUGGUGCAGCUAAAACAUUCAGAGGACUCGGAAUGGCCUCUCUUGUGAUUCUUUUAUUAUUUGCACUUAUUCAGUGGUUGUCUGUGAAAAAUGAAGAUGAAGCAGAAGAUAAGAUGCUGGCAGAAAACAUACCAGUUCCAUCCAGCCCGGUUCCCAUAGCCACCAUUGACCUUGUACAAAACCAGUCUGAAGUGGUUCUGCCCCGAGUGGAGCCCAAACCACCUCUGAAGAAAACCAAACACCAGGAGGAGCAGGAGGACCUGAAUAAACCAGCAUGGGUGAUCUCUUCAUCUCCCUGGGUUACCAUUACUUUUGCCAUCUAUCAGUUGAAAGAGAUGGUGAAGAUGAAACGCAAUCAGGCUUCUGAGCACCAGCCUAUACAGGAAAUUGAACCGUCUCCAUCAACUUCUCACACUCAAAGAAAGACUUCUCCCAACUUAAAUAAAGCAGAAACUCCACCAGCAGCAGCAAAGAAUCAAGAUCCAGCAAGCACACAUGCUCCUGCAGCUCAGGAAGGCACAAACAACUCCCUGCAGGCUACACAGGGCCUUCCAGACACCAGCCCAGCAGAGACUGUGGAGAACUGCAACCCUCUGCCAGGAAAUAUUGUUACCAAUUCAGCCCUGUCUCCAACAAAUCCCUUCCAGCAACUAUAAAUACGGAAGAGGUGUACAUACUGGCAGUAUCUGUAGCAAGGCGUUUGUUGCCUUUUUAUUUUGUUUUCAAAUUGCACAGGAGAAAAUCAGGAAGCUACAACUCCUGGAUGGUAUUUUUGUGUUUGCUGCUGAGGAAUGAUUCUCAUUCUUAAAAAAGAAUUGCACAAUAUUAAUAAGCCUUACAGUAUGUGCAACUUGCCACCUUGGUAGCUAUAGUAAAUAAAAUGAAUACUACUUAUGUACAUCCAGUGAUAGGCAUUUUUUCUAAACACUAUUUAAUAUUUCAGAUUGUUUAUUUUAAUGUUAAAACUCCCAAAUUACUCCUUUUGGAAUUCUGCGCUCUGUUUUCAACACGGACCGGGUGUAUGAAAUUGCCGCUAAAUCAGAAACAAUUUGGUAGUAAUAACCAGCAGACGAGUCUGAUAUCUUUGCUUAACUGCCACAUAUUUUUAACUGGUCAUGAGUGAUAAACACUAAAUAGGUUUGUUAUUGCUCUCCAUAGUAACAAAAUAGUGGUCCUUUAAUGUAAACACUAACUGAAGAAACAGCCCCUACGAAAUCAUCUCCGUUUUCAUCAAAAAUUACAAUUAUUAUUAUUUAUUUUUUUGUUAAGUUGUGGCAAUUAAGCAAAGGUGUCGACUCGUUCACUGGUUAUUACUGCCAAUUUGUUGCUGAUUUAGCAGCGGCUUCAAACACCAGGUCCAUUCCAAACUGGAGCCAGGUUGAAAAUCAGAAAAGUCCAGACUACAAACUGCAAAAAGUGCCUAAUACUUAAUGCAGUCCACAUAUUCACAGUAGACAUUUCAUUUACAUAACUUUUUUAUUUUUUAAAAGCCCUGUUGCUUAAGUUUUAAGCUACAGUUUAAUUGGGGAAAUGUUUUCCUGAACAAUGGUGUGCUAGACUUCCUGUCUACCUGUUGUUUUUGACAAUUCCAGAAGAAAUGUUUUUUACAGGGGCGUACAGAGGCAUCUGAAAAUGAAAUUGGAGUUUUAACACAAUGCUGUGCUAAAUAAAUAAAUAAAUAAAUACAUACAAGGUUCAUAUUAUGGGUUUUAAAAAAGGUUUGUAGUAUUUAAGGCAUACACUGGAAAAUGCAAAGCCGUAUAUUCGUUAAUUUAUGAAGUGUUGAGGGUUUAAGUAAAUAUUAAAAUAUGUUUGCAGUCAGUGUCCAGCACUAUAAACUUGUCAAAACAUAGGUUGUGUGUUUUUUUAAUACCUAUACAAUCAGCUUAAUCAAGUAAAGGACUUGUGUAUAAUUAACAAUGUGUGCCUUUAACCUCUUGUUUACUGUAUUCUAAUCAAUGAUUUUGUAAAUGGUUUGGGGUUUCCAGCUAAAGAAAGCUACAGUGUUAAGGAAUGCAAUGUACUGUAAUGUUAAAACAAUUAACUUGAAAAAAAUGAAAAGAAUAAACUGGAAUUAAGAUGUACUUUUAUUAAAACAGUUUAUUGGGGGGGAAAAAAGCAAGCUUUGAUUGUACAUACCUGAGUGAUGUUCCAUUAAAUAAAUAGCACUGAAUAUACAGU